AUAGUCGCGAACGAUGCAAAACAAAGCUCCGUUGCAGGCGAUGGACGCGCGUGGCAGAAGAACAAAUUAAGUUUUCCACCUGCCACUCCCACAACCCGUUGCGUGUGCAAAAGGGGCGUGUGAGUGCACGAGUGUGUGUGCCUGUAUGUGCAAAGGGAAAUGGAAAAUGUAAUAUCCCGCUCGGGUGCUCAAAAGAAAGAAUAUAUGCAAAAUAUAAUACAAAAAGUGAAAGAAGUGCCUUUAUGAUUUAACGAUUUUCGCGUCAGUAUAUUGCAGGCAGCAAUGCAAAUGAUGAUGAUUCCAGAAUACAUAAUUCCAUUUCAAAAUACAUAAUACAUAUAUAACCAACAGUUUGUAGAAAGAAAUCUCUAAGAGAUGAUAAAAGUUAUAUUAAUGUUGCUUAAAUAAACUUUAAAUCAAAAAAAGCUACGUACCUUGGAAAAUAGAAAGAUAUAAGUGUUGCCUAUAGUCAAAAUAUCAAUUAUCAAGAAAACUUUAGAGGAUACAAUACAUUUAAUAAUGAAAAUCAAAAAAGAACCCACAUAAAUCUUCCUUGUUCCAUAUAAAAUGCGCCAAAAAGUGCAGCAUCAGCUGAGCAGAAAGUUCACCUUCACCCAAUGAACACGGCCAUACGACAUCGUACCACUAACACACAUACUACGAGUAGUUAUAAGAAGAACAAAACAUAUGAAAAAUCGAUACUAAAAUCUGCAACAGCCGCGCCCACUUAUCCGACAACUACUCGUGAGUCCCCAUCGAAGCUACAUACAAAUCUGAACGAAGAAAUCCAAUAGGCCAAAAGCAUCAAAGUGUUCGGAAACCAGGCCAUACCCAGCAGGGACACUAACGUCGAGGCGGGACGCCGCAGAAUGGUGGAUGCCAAACCGCCGCCCGCCCCCACACCGGGAGCGGUGCCGGUAACACCUCCGCCUCUGGCCGCCUUUGCCGGUGAGCGAUCCAAAAUCAAAUUGUUCAUGGAGCGAACGCCCAGCAUUGGGGCCCUCAAGUCCAAGUUUCUCACAGUACUGGGCAACAGCAAUGAGCUGCUCAACGGAAUAUCAAAUAAGUUGACUUUGAGCUGCAGCAGCAGCGAUUCGGAUUACUGUGAUGACGAUGAGGACAUCCCCAAGUUUGAUGAGACGAUUGACUACACAAAAAUCGAUUUUGAGGGACGUCGGGUGAAGGCUCGCCGUGCCCAUGAGGAGAUCAUCUCGGGUCGCUACAGACAACCCAAUCUGGCGCCACUCCAACACUUAGGUCCCCGCAUGGAGCCCACUCGGGGCCGUCAUGGGGCUCAGAAACGAGGGGCGGCUGCUGGGCAGCAGCGUUCCAACUCGGCUUCGUCCAGCAGCUCUGGGGGCAGCAGCAGCGACGAGAGCAGCUCCAUAUCGCUGCCCGAGAAUGCGGCAGCGGCAGCGGCGGGGGCGGGGGCGGCAGCAGCACCACGCUCCCACGAUGUGAGUAGCACCACGCGCUCGGAUUCCAUUGAGAGCCGCAACUCGGGAGGCUACGAGCGGCCCAGGGCCAUUGCCGGAGCCCGGCGCAGUGAGAUGGACGUGCAGAAGGACAUGCAACGCAUUAUAGAACUGCUGGAGGCCAAUCCGCCCCACAUCGAUGUGCAGCCGCCCACAGAAGGGGGAGGAGACGGCGGCGGCGGCGGUGGCGGCGGCGGCGGCGGGGGAGGUGGCGCUGGCUCGGUCAACCGUCAGCCCUGGGGAGCCGGCAGCAACUCGAUGCGAUUGCCACCGCGCAGUCGCACUUCCAAUAGCAGCACCCUGACCAGCCUGCGGGAUGAGGUGGACCAGGUGCUGGCCAGUCCCAGCGUUGAGUCCACCGACUGGCGGCACUUUAUCCGCUCCGAGUCGCAGAAUUCGGUGCCCUCGUGGGCCUCCUCCAUCAGUCUGGACUGCCGCGCCGGGGAGGAGCCCGUCAAGGAGUUCAUGAGGCUCUUCACCGAGCUGCUGUUCUACAAUACUGCGUGCGUCAACCUGGAGCUGAAGUCGGAGUUCGGGGUCCUGCUCCGCCUGGAGAUCGGUCGUCUCUGGUUCACGCGCUUCCUCACUGAGCAGCGCAACAAAACGAAGCGUCUCGAAUCGGUCACCUUCCACGGACUGCCCCAGUACUUUGCCUUGGCCCUGUUCGAGUGUGGGGAAUGCGAGGACUUUGGCCCGGCAUCGGUGCUCAUGAAUCUCUGUUUUCUCUUCUACCACGAAGUUGAAGUUCCUGGCUGCGAUCCCUAUCGCGAGUACCUGUUUCUCUCCCUACGGCAGCAGCCCAUCUGGCAUCAGCUACACUUCUGGGACACUGUCCUCUGGGACGCCAUGCAGGCGGAUCGGGAGCAUCGCCUCGCCAACGUACAGCGGCGCCAGCAGAGACGUCAGCAAAAGAAGCAGCAGCGCCUCUCCAUCCCAGGAACAGAGGCAGCUCAAACGCCAGCUCUAACGGGGACCACAGCACCGGAAACUGCAGAUAAAUCCGUGCGCAAGCAUGGACCCGAUUCCUCAUCCAGCUCCUCGCAUCAGGGCGCAAACUCGGGGUAUCCUCCUGCGACCCGAAGGCCAAGCAAAUUGAGUCCCGGACAGCCGCCGGUGCUGGGUAAAGAACACGAGGACACUGUAUUCCGGCAUCUGGGGGCCCUGACCUGCAACAUGCAUUCGCUGGGCACACCCAAGGAAUUGUGCAUCGACUUUCUCAAAAGACAUGCUCAGGGCCACGAACUAUCCAAGGAUAAAGCAAAGCUUAUCCGAGACAAUGUCCAUCGCAUGUACCAUGAGACGGAACUCUGGGGCGCACGAUAAGCCAAGCUCUUACUUUUCCUCAAGUACCUAAUGAAAGCGUUUCACACUUCGUCUCCUCCAAAGCUAAAC